CUCUGCACACACCGCACCAACACCAGAGUUCCCAACCUCUCAGAGACUCCAAGACUCAACCUUUCGACAUUGAAAGUUGGAACUCUAAACCCAAAUCCCAAGAAACCAACCCCAAAUCAACCAAAACCAUGACCAAGAUCGACGCCAUCCGUCGAUUUAUCAUCCCCUGCUUCUCCCCCACCAAGAAAACAACCCACUCCGCCGGCACCAAGAAACGCCUGAGCACUUCCCUGCGCGACGACCUCGACGACAUUGACGCCGCUACCUCCAAAACCCACGACCCACGAGACCAAGAUUCGCAGUCUUCCUCACCCACAACCGAGAAUGACGCCGUCUCGACAAUCGCGCCCCAGCAGCCUCGUCCCUCGAAAUCCAUGGUCAUCGGCACCAUCUUCGGCCACCGCCUCGGCCACGUGUGGUUCUGCAUCCAGCACGACCGCCUCUCCACCAAACCCACCCUCCUCCUCGAGCUCUCCAUCAAGACCCACCAGCUCGUCAACGAGAUGCGAUUCGGCCUCGUCCGCGUAACCCUCGAGUGCGACGAGUCGGGCCGGUCCCAGCUCGCCACGUGUCCGCUCCAUUCCGUCCCGCUCUGGACCGUCCACUGCAACGGCCGCCAACUCGGGUUCGCGGGGAGGAGGAGAGCGAGCGAUAAGGUGAAAUUGAUGCUGAAGACGAUGCAGUCGACGACGGUCGGCGCCGGGGUUAUGCCGACCGGGUACGGGUUGGAGUCGGAUUCGGGUCAGGAGGUGAUGUAUAUGAGGGCUAACUAUGAGCACGUGGUGGGGAGCGCUGACUCGGAGUCGUUUCAUCUGAUUAACCCGGAUCAGUACCCGGGUCAAGAACUCAGUGUCUUCUUGCUUAGGUCCAAGCACUCAUGAGACUUCUGCUCAAGGUUCAAGGUCACAUUUUUAUUUUAAUUAUUAUGGGUCUCUCUGGUUAUUUCUUCUUUUCCUUUUCUGGGAACUGUUGAAAUGGAAAGUGAAAACUAGGUGUUUUCUGUAGCUACGGAUUUUUUGGAAAAUCCUUGUUGGGAAUUUGGGGUUUUUGUAAUUUUCUUGGAAGAGAAAUUCGUUUUUUUUCUUUAGAGGGUUGGAUAGAGAUAGCAGGGGUUGGCAAUUAUCUCUCUCUAGAUGGAUUAGUUUUUUAGGGGGCUAGCUAAUUCCAGCAAUAUCAACUGUACAUUG